AGAUCCCAAAAAUAAAAAAUCAAAUAUAAAAUCUAACAGCUAAAAACUUUCACUUCUCGACAGCAGAAGCUCUUCUCCGGCGGCCAUGGCAGAAUCACUGUCGAAGCCAGUCCAAGAGCUGCUUCUCAGUAACCAUGAGCUGCCGGAGAGAUAUAUCUACAAGGGUGAAGAUGGAGCCAAUAUUGGCGGCGGAGCUGCCUUUCCUCUCCUGGAAGUUCCACUCGUUGAUCUGGGCCUGCUCUCGUCUCCAUCAGUGGCUAGAGAAGAAGAACACAGAAAGCUCCGAUCUGGUCUCAGCUCUUGCGGCUGCUUUCAGGCAAUAAAUCAUGGAUUGAAAGAUGAAUUCCUGGAUGAAAUGAGGGAAGUUGCCAAAAACUUCUUUGCACUUCCACUUGAAGAGAAACAGAAGUACUCCAGAACAGUAGAUGAUAUGGAAGGAUAUGGCAAUGAUUCAGUUCUUUCUGAUCAUCAAACUCUCGAUUGGACGGACCGGCUGUAUCUAGUUGUAAGCCCAGAAGAACAAAGAAAACUCCAAUUGUGGCCAGAAAAUUUUAGGGGAAUCUUACAUGAAUACACAGCAAAGUUGGCAGAGAUGAACGAGCUGCUCCUGAAAGCCAUGGCUAAGUCACUGGAAUUGGAUGAACACAGCUUUCUGCACCAGUAUGGAGAAGGAGCAUUGAUGAUUGCGAGAUUCAACUUCUACCCUCCAUGUCCAUGGCCAGAUCGGAUUCUGGGCAUCAAGCCACACGCGGAUGGAACUUUACUGACCUUUCUCUUGCAGGACAAAGAAGUCGAAGGCCUUCAAGUCCUGAAAGAUGGGCACUGGUAUGGAGUUCCCAUCAUUCCCCAUGCGCUUCUUGUUAACGCCGGGGAUCAACUAGAGAUAAUGAGCAAUGGGAUGUUCAAGAGCCCAGUGCACAGGGUGGUGACGAACUCUGAGAGGGAGAGGAACACUCUGGCUGUGUUUUGUUUGCCAGAGAGAGAGAAGGAAAUUGGACCAGUCGAGGAGCUGAUUGAUGAGAAAAGGCCAAGCACGUACAAGACGGUGAAGAAUUAUGUGGAUAUCUAUUUUCAGAACUAUCAGCAUGGCAAGAGGCCACUUGAUGCUGCAAAGAUCUGAUGUUCCCAGUUGCUAUCUUUGAUGUUUUAGACAUGGAUACUAUUACUAAAUCGCUUUUCUUGUUUUUUUA